CGAAAAUGAAAUAUCAAAACAUAAAGAAUUCGUGAAGCACUCCUCAACACAGCACAAUUAAAGAAAAUCUGAAAAAAAUCCUUUUUGAUAUUUUCUCAUCCAGUUGAGAUACGAAGUGAAAAGAAUCUGGCACACAGUGGAUCAAUGUCACCGUGCACAAGACAUUUAUUCGAACGACUGUCCACAUCACAAACUGGGUCAAUGAGCAAAGGAAUUUUGCGAUAGAAAAUACACCGAAAAUUGACACGAGAUGCAAAUUGCAGCGCACUGAAGUGUUUUUUACAAAGAGAAAAAUUCCAAAUUGUCCUCGAAAUAUGUCAAAUGGACAAAAUAUGCCACCGUCGGAUAGUGUAUCCGCCGAACAGCCCACAGACAACACAACCGACUCGAUUAAAUCGCCCAAUUACUUUGCGUUGUACGAGGCAUUCGAAGAUUUAUGCAAAAACAAUGUCGACUACUUCAGCGCGGAUGACACCGAAAACGGACUACGACUGCACGGUGCUUUCAUUUCGUUAAUUGAUCAUCUGGCAAUGGCACGGAACUAUGUCACCGAAAUAAAGGACUUUGCACACGAGUACGAUUUCGAUGAAGCAACACCCGGCAAUGGUUACCGUAGCUUCUUACUCGUUGUCCGGUCUUGCAUUAAACAUUCGCUGAAGCUGAGCUCGUACAUUAUGCAGAAUCGGAGCUCGUUGCUGUUCCGAAAGUCGAUGUACAUGAAAGAAGUGGAGGCUUGCAGUCAUCUCUUGGCUAGUCUGUGCACCGUGUUGCAACACUUGCUGACUCUGCGGCAAUGGAGUGACGUUGGUUCCUUAUUUCCGACCGGUGUGCAUACGGCCGCUGAACUAUUCGCAACCGCCGAGACAAUCAAUCAGUACUGCUUCUACGGCAGGUGCUUAGGCAUCCAAUACUGUGAAUCAAUGCAAUCCGUCCUGAAGUUUCUGUCCAUUUGCAUGGCAGGCUUUUCCGAAGCAUUCUACAACGAAGGUGGCUACUUCACCAAAACGACCAGUUCGGUGUGGACCAGCGGCCAGUACUACUUGAAUCCGGAGCUGAGGGCUCGUCGUAUCGUCAACAUUUCCCAGUAUGCGGACAUUGACUUUUGCAAAAGUUUUUGGUCGCUGUCCGAAACGGAACUGAUGCACUCGCUGCCCAAUUUCAUUGGAAAUUCAAUCAAAAUCAACAAAGUGAUUACGAUACCGCCGGAACCGUUACAGUUGCCAAAUGCAUCCACUAACGCAAUGAUUGACAUUCCAGUGCCGAACAGUCAUUUGGGCCCUGGACCUGUGAUUGUGCGAUUGAUCAGCGCUCAAUGCAGAACGGGAAUGAUGGGUGAGAAAAACAACGGCCAAUCUCAGCUUCCUCCAGCUACCAAACUUAUAUUCCAUUGCCACGGCGGAGGAUUUGUCGCCCAAAGUUCUAAGUCGCAUGAACUCUACUUACGAGAAUGGGCUGUAGCGUUAGACAUUCCAAUACUAUCCGUUGACUACAGUCUAGCCCCAGACGCUCCAUUUCCGCGUGCUGUUGAAGAAGUAUUUUACGCCUACUGCUGGGCCAUCAAAAACUGUUCGUUGCUCGGAACUACUGCUGAAACGAUCAUCUUAGCCGGAGACUCGGCCGGCGCCAAUUUGAAUCUGUCGUGUGUAAUGAAAUGCAUCGAACUGGAUGUACGGCGACCGGAUGGUGUUUUCUUGGCCUAUUGUCCGGUUCAGAUAAGUUUCGAUCCGAGUCCAGCCCGAUUGCUUUGCCUUAUGGAUCCCUUGUUGCCGUUCGGUUUUAUGAUGCGCUGCCUGAAGGCCUACUCAUGUCCCAAUUCGGAAAUAAUCGAGCAGAACCGACGCAUUAGGGAGAGCAAAGACGCAAUCAAAUACGCCACAUCACAGAUGAACAACUCAUCGCUGUCGGCUGCUUCAGUUAUGGCGAAUGGUCGAUCGGAAUCGGAAUCAGAUUUGCCCACGUUUGUCCACUUGAAACCGGAAGAUCGAACCGAAAAUUCCGUGUCGUUGGAUGGUAGUUCCAAGUGGGAACACGUUAAUGUGCCUGAUUUUCAAGACGACCACAAAAGUCCGGGCAGCGAUGGAACCAGUGACACCUUCGCCAGUGCAUCACUUCAAAGUCAGACUGUUGGUAAUACGGAAAUGAUGACACCGGACGAAAGCAAUGGCAUCUCAUUCGAAGAAGACUCACAACCGAUAACCAUCCAUCGUCCGAUCAACGGAGAACCGGACUUUACCUAUUCGGCAACAGAAGAUGCACUCCAUCAAAUAACCAACGACGAUGCUUAUCGUUCACAUUCAGCUGCCGAAGCUAUCGAAAUUGCCGACGAUGCGGCACCACCACCAACAACCGAAUCUCAAAACGAGUCAUCCAAGUACAUCAACGCUUUCUGUGAACGUUACGUGCUUGACACGCAAAACGAUCGGCCGGUCUUAAGAUCAGUACCGGGCACACGAUCGGAAGAAAACAUUUUGUUGGAUGAGGGACGGAAUGUGAUUAGUGUGCAGAAUAUUCAGAAUAAAAUCUACGAAGUGGUCGACAACAUGACCAGCAAACUGUCGGCAAUGACCACAUCGUCGCCGAUUCGUGACCAUAAAGAGUCGGCGGUUCGUUCGAAAUUGGAUUCGAUCAGUGCACGGAGUCCAGCGGAUGAAUUUGUGUUCGAGAUUCCAAAGGAUCCGUUGCUGUCGCCGUUUUGGGCUACCGAUGAUAUGCUGAAGAAGAUGCCAAGGACUCAUAUUCUGAGUGUCGACAUGGACCCAUGCCUAGAUGACUGUGUUAUGUUUGCAAAACGCUUGAAAAGUUUAAACAACGAAAUUGGUAUGGACAUUUUACAAGGACUGCCGCAUGGAUUCCUAAACUUUGUGAAGCUUUCAAAGGAAGCGCACGAAGGCAACAUGGUAUGCAUUAAGCGACUGAGGGAGUUGCUGAACGCAUCCGAGUAGAUUUCAAUUAAUUUUUAAA